GUCCGGGGCGACCGUGCUUCAGUUGCCGUACGUUCUAACUCUGCGCUAGCCCAAUAGGCAGAAAAAUGUAUCUUUUCACGACUAUAACUCAACUUUGCGUUUUUGAUUUGCUAUCGAACACCUGCAGUUGUUAAAGGAUCAUCUCUGAGCAACAAACAAGGAAAAGCCAUAUCUUAACCCUAUUAUUCAUAUCAAUAUUUAGCUAACGUCGUUUACCCAGUAGAAGUCAACACUUUACCACAACUGAGCAGUUCUGAUAGUAGGGAACGAAAAUGGGCGACGUUUCAUACAUUGUCGACAGCCUUGGGCUGCCGCCCUUUUCUUACCAGAUGUCGCUGCUUAACUUCACUGAAAAAGGACCACAGGAGUUGCUGCAGCUGUUGAGUGAUGUUUUUAGCACGAUCAGCCCAAAGCAUCAGAAAGUAGACAUCACGAAAGAGACGCCCGACCAGACAGCUGAUCGCCUGAUUGGCUUCCUAAAGAUAAUCAAGUAUCGACCGAACGUGCAAGACCCGCUCCUCUUCCGCCAACUGGUGGCCUCGGGUGACCGAGAGACGCUGUACCAGAUCCUACGAUGGGUUGUUCCGCAGCCGCAGCUCCUGGAGAAGCGUGCCUUCGUGGGCUACUACCUGAGCUUCCCAGACAUGCCGGAGGAGUUCAACUUCGACCCGGACAUCAUGGAGCUCAAGGAGGAGAUCAAGGGCAUGCAGCAGGAGUUCAUCGAGCUGCACAAGAGCAGCGAUGCAAUCAAGAACCUCUCCAAGGACACGCUGGCGUUGAAGAACAAGAUCAAAAGCCUGGAGGAGGAGAGGGAGCGGCUGGGCGAGAAGGUGGAGCGCGCCAAGGCGGCGGUGGACAAGCUGCCUGACCGGAGCAGCUACAUGGAGGUCUGCACCAACCUGCGCAAGCAGCAGGACGAGGAGGUCAACCUGUCCACAGCUAUCCAGACCCAGAAGGGCCUGCUUGAGAAGGCGGAGGGCAACUACCACCGCGCCGCCGCCCGCCUGCGGGAGCUGCAGCUGUCGUACCAGGAGGGCUCGGCGGCCAAGCUGCUGGAGACGCUGAAUGAGGACGUGAAGAACCUGCGGGCACAGGUGAACGAGCGCUACCCCAAGGACGUGGAGAAGCGGCAGAAGCGGCUGGGUGCGCUGUCGGAGGCGCUGGCGUCCGGCAUCUCCACGGAGAUGGACCUGCAGCGGCUGCAGCAGCAGGCCACCACGCUGCACAACCAGAUCCAGGAGAUCCAGGAGCGCAAGGUGGCGCAGGACAAGGCGCGGCAGGGCGACAAGGCCUACCUGCAGCUGCGUCAGGCGCAGCAGAUGGCCACCGUGUCGGCGCGCAAGAAGGAGGAGCUGGCGGCCAAGCAGGAGCGGCUGCAGGAGAAGAAGACGGCGCUCACGGCGCAACUGGACAAGCUCAAUGUGGAUGGCGGCGGCUCGGGUACGGUAUUCAGCGAGGAGGAGUGGCGCAACAAGUACGAGAGCAUGAAGAGCAAGCUGCCCAUCUACAAGAAGAUGAAGAAGGAGCUGGGCGACCUGGAGGCGGAGGUGUUUGUGUUGGCGCACACGGAGGAGCUGCUGGCGGCGCAGGAGGCGGCCAUGCUGGAGAAGGUCAAGAAGGUGGAGAAGCAGCAGGGCAUCUCGGGUUUCACGGACGUGGCUCAGCAUCUGGAGAAGGUUUCAGAGGCGAAGAGCCAGAUGGACGAGGAGAAGGGCAUGACGCUGAUCGAGAUCUCUCGUACCGUUGAGGAGAUCAACAACGCCAUCAACCAGCGCAAGCAGCAGUUGGCGCCGCAGAUCAAGAAGCUGCGAUCCGUACGGCAGGACUUUGCGGAGUUUGAGGCCAAGUACAACGAGAAGAAGACGGCGUACGACAAUGUGGUAGCGACGUUUGAGGCGCGUACGGCAGCGCUGGAGUCGGAGGUGGCCGGCCUCAAGGCUGAGGUGGCUGAGGACGAGUCCCGCUACCACCUGCUUCACUGCCAGCUGCACACCACCGACCAGAACAUCAAGAAGGUCACCAGCGGCCCGGCGGCGGAGCGCCUCCGCGAAAAGUACGAGACCAAGCUGAAGGAGGCGGAGGAGGCCACCAAGGCCCUGCGCGAGCGGCAACGCGAGAUCAAGGACACGCACACCACCGGGCUCAGCCAGAUCGACAUCAUGAACGACAUGAUUCGCCUGCUGCAGCUCAAACUCAACCUGGCUCGCGGCAUCGCCGGAGGCGGCCUGGAGGGCAUGAUGGGCGGCAUGAGCGGCGGCGGGGCGUCGGUGGGCGGCCAGACGUUCGACACCGGGUCCGCCAACGUGCUUCAGUUGUGAGCGGGAGGUGGUUGAGGAAAUGGAGCAGGUCAACCGGGACGCUUGGGGUGUUAGCGUGCGCGCGCGCCAAUCCUAGCAACGCUUUGGUGGCGACAACCAUGUUUGGCUUGCGGCCGUGCGCGUUACUGACAUUUUCCGCAUCAAUUUGCACAUAGAAUGGGUCUGGGGUCAUGCGACAUGGACUGUAUUUGUCUGUAUGUGGUCUUGUGGUGGCGUUACAGCACAAUGGAGCGAGUUGCGAGCUGCGAGCUCACAAAACGGGCGCUGUGAGGAUGCAUGCAUGUGAUUGUGCGAUAGGGCUAGGCAGUCGGUUGCCUGGUAGGGCUUGCCAUUAGCACGCUAGGUCCCAAGGGGUGGAUGCUCCGUGCAGCUUGGCAUGUAGUACUGUACAUACGGGGUCUGCAGGGGAAAUGUGACCUUUUGACGCACAGCUAUUACAGUGCAUGUGUCGACAUAUGACAUAGCGCUUGCUUGUACCACGGCUAUUGGCCAGCAGUAUUAUCAGAUUGACGAACCAGCGGCGAGGGCGGUGUUGCUUGCUGUGUCGUACGUGCUCUGCAAAGAGCGUUAACAGCAACACCAUUGAUUACUGUUAUCCGCGCCUUAGGGCGCUAUGUUAACCAACUGUAAAAGACAUGUUCUGGGUUGUUGAAUGGGGAACCCGAGUAAUGAGGCCGAAGGCUGUCACAGUGCCACGCUUAUAGUAUGUCACGAAUCACUCUCCUUUGGGGACGUGUGGUAUUGGGAAACCGCUCGUGGAGGUGAUAUCGCGUGCUUACUCGGCACUAUGCGGCCGUCCGGCUGUCAUCGUCGCGCAGCCGCGCUUGUACGGCAUUAGUGUGUAAUGUGGACGACAGGCAUAAUCUGCGUUUCUGUAGCAACAGUACGAAGUUGCUUCGUUUCCAAAUUGUGCGCUGAAAGGGGUUGUGCAGGCCACACUGGCCUCGGUUCUACCUGCUGCGAUGAGGGCUAAUUUGCUGACAAGGAGUUGCCGAGCGACGGCCAGUCGCGCAGCGAGGCUUUGGCAACAACCAAGGGCCACAGUGCGCCCUGUGACAACUAUGGCACUGCCAUCAGACUUCAAGGAUUCAUAUGUUGACCUCGCGCACCAGCUUGCAGAUGCCGCUGCGCAAGUCACGCGCAAGUACUUCCGGACGACUUUCGACGUCGAGUCAAAAGGCGACACCAGCCCGGUGACGAUUGCGGACCGCCAAGCUGAAAUUGCUAUGCGGGAACUGAUUGAGCGUACUUUCCCAGAGCACGGCAUCUUUGGGGAAGAGCACGGGAUUAAACAUGGCAGCGGGGAGGGCUCCAAGUACAUGUGGGUGUUGGACCCCAUUGAUGGAACAAAGAGCUUUAUCACAGGCAAGCCGCUGUUCGGGACGCUCAUAUCGCUGGUGUACGAGGGGUCUCCCGUCCUGGGCAUCAUUGACCAGCCCAUCACCAAGGAACGGUGGCUGGGCGUGGUUGGCCGGCCCACCACCCUCAACGGAGAAACCCUACAGACCCGGCCCUGCUCGGACGUCAGCCUCGCCUUCCUGUACGCCACAACCCCUCACAUGUUCUCAGGCGACAACGAGGUCGCCUUCAACCGUCUGCGCGACAGCGUACGGAUCCCCAUGUACGGCUGCGAUUGCUACGCGUACGGCCUUCUAGCAGCGGGGCACUGCGACCUGGUGGUGGAGGCGGAUCUCAAGCCGUACGACUACAUGGCGCUCGUACCUGUCGUACAGGGCGCUGGCGGUGUCAUGACUGACUGGAGCGGCCGGCCGCUGGUGUGGCAGCCCGCCCCGGGGGCCGCUGACCUCAAGUCGGGGUGGCCGGGUGAGGUGUGCGCGGCGGGCAGCCAGGAGCUGCACCGACAGGCGCUACAGCUGCUGGACUGGAAGCAGUAGAGGGCGUGAUGGGGGGAGAGGGGCUUGGUGGAUGGGGGGUUGGGGGGUGGGGGGGGCCCUGCGGCGUGCAUGGGGCCGUGGUUCGGUAGUUAGCGAAGGGUGGGGUAGUGGGAGGCAGCUUUGGAAAGGGAAAGGAAGACGUGUGGAGCGCCCAAGCCUUCCGUUAGAAGGCGGAGGGUAGGAGCAGCAGCAGCAGCAGCGGCGGCGGGAGUGCAAAGAGGCAGUUGUGGGCAGCCGUUGCUGCGGUCAGGCUUGGAGAGCGGCGGCAAAAGCAUUAGCAGGCGGCAGCGGCGGGUGCUUCGGUGUCACUGGUGUCACUGAUACCUCCAGUUAGCUCACGUUGCGUGCUUGCUGCUGCGCGGCUGUGAAGGAGGUCGCAGCAGCAUGAGCGGCAAGCAGGUGCCGAGGAGCGGGGGCGACAACUGAGGCGGCUUGGGCGGCUGGCUGGCUGGCUUGCUGACACUGUGUACGAGUGCCUGCCUGGGCGGGGCUGUAGUGCAGUAGUGCAGCGGCUGUGAGCUGUGGGCUGACAGUACCGCUGUGCACUACAUGGUGGCUUCGGGAAGCUGUUGAGCUGUGGAGGUAAGAUGCGGCGUGGGCCGGUUAUGAUACCGGUAUAAGGGAAGACGUCUGUAGGGCGUCUUAAUGCCUUAGGAUUGUCAUCAUCUUGGGUGACGUUGGCUUGUGCUGCGAGUCUCUCUUCUUGGCGAGCUGCUGUGAGCGAUUUCUGAGACAUGCUUACGUGCGAACCAUGGGUGAUGUCCUUGACAUGGCACCUUGAGCGCCCGAUGUUGUAGUGGGGCGACGAGGAAGCGAAGGCGCAGGGGUCCGUGAGGUGUGUAUGCGUGCGGUAGCUUCUAAUGGAAGCAAAAGGAAGGCGUGUGCGCAGAGGGCCCAGCUGGACACGGCCGAAGGAGAUGCAGGAGAUGAGUUGCACGCGCAAGGGAAUGUGACCCAGCACGUGCUUCGUUGCGACUGGCGAGUAACAUUACACUCAUGCAAGGAAU